UGAAAAGGGGGUGUGGCUGGUAAAAUCUUUGUGGAGAAGCUCAAGCAGCAGUCAUGUCUUUAGACAUCAAGUUAAAGAAGGCUAGCAAGGUCUACAAGGACGGGGAUGUUGUCAAAGGUGUCUUGGAGGUUACUAGCAAGGGAGACCUCAGUCACAAUGGAGUGACACUUACCAUGGAGGGAGUGGUUACCUUGCAACUCAGUGCUAAGAGUGUUGGCGUCUUUGAGGCUUUCUACAACUCACUGAAACCGAUCCAACUGGUUAGCUACAGUAUCGACUUGGUGAAGCCUGGAAAGUUUCCUCACGGCACUACAGAAGUUCCUUUCGAGCUUCCUCUCAAAGCGAAAGGUGGGAAAAAGUUAUACGAAACGUACCAUGGAGUUUUUGUGAACAUCAUGUACAGUUUGAAAGCCGAAAUGAAGCGCUCAAUUCUCAAUAAAGACCUUCAGAAAGUGUCCGAGUUUAUUGUUGAGUAUGUUGAGUCAGAGAGAGGAGAAGAAAAGCCUGUCGAAUUCACGGUCACCCCUCAGUCGUUGGAGAAUGUCAAGGAUCGAGCACGAAUUCCCGACUUUCUAGUAACUGGAACGAUUCAAACUGUCAAUUGCAGCAUCACAAAGCCGUUCUUAGGGGAGGUGAUCGUGGAGAGAUCGGAGGCUAUCAUUCGAUCCAUUGAGCUACAACUUGUCCGUGUUGAAACAUGUGGCUGUGCAGAGGGGUAUGCUCGAGAUCCAACUGAAAUCCAGAACAUACAGCUAGCAGAUGGCGAUGUUUGUCGAGGGAUGAAGAUUCCUAUCUAUAUGGUGUUUCCGAGGCUAUUCACAUGUCCUUCCCUGUCUACUUCUAGUUUCAAGGUGGAAUUUGAAAUCAAUAUUGUCGUCAUAUUUCAAGAUGACCAUCUUGUGACGGAGAACUUUCCCAUAAAACUGACUAGAGCUAUUUCUUAAUUGCCUAAUUAAUGUUGUAAUUAUUUGUGUCCUAGAAACUUAGAUGUAUGUGUAUGUGCGCAUGCACUUUGUCAAAAAUCGUUCUUCCUCUAAAAUUA